AUGCGUUCCUCAACUCUGCUCACUGGCCUCAGCGCCUUCUUCUUCAUGGCGAUGGUCAUGGCUGAGGCCACCGUCACCGUCACCGUCGCUCAGGCCACCGUCACCGUCACCGAGUGUGGCAUUGCUCCCUCUUCUCCAGUCGCCACCGGCCCUGCUGGUUCUAAGACCUCUGAAGUUGUUGUCCCGUCUGCUAGCCCAUCCCCAUCUCAUGCCAGCGAGACUCCCGGAGGUCCUAUCAUCGUUCCAUCUGCUUCCACUAAGGCCCCGGUUCCUUCUCCUACUGAAUCAGUCACCUUGACCAGCAACGAUGGUAUCCCCACCAGCUUGAUCGUCAGCUCCGGCUCUGGUACUUCGUCCGCUGCUCCCACCGCAUCUGGCACCGGUUCGUCUACCGCUUCCAUCACCUCGAAGGCCUCCGCCACCUCGGGAUCUACUGCUGGAUCUCCUACCUCCCACCCUACCCCCUCAGCUUCGGCCCCGGCCAAUCCUGGCAACCAUGUUAUGGUCCCUAGCGUUCUGCUGGGUCUACUUGCUCUGGCCGCCUUGGUCCUCGGUUAA